AUGUUGAGUCACACAACUUGGUUAGUGUCAAAAACAGACCCAAUCAAAUACAUCUUUGAGAAACCAGCCCUUACUAGAAGGAUUGUUCAUCGGCAGGUCCUAUUGUCAGAAUAUGAUAUUAUGUAUGUUACUCAAAAUGCAAUCAAAGGCAGCGCUCUUGCAGAUUUCUUAGCUCAUCAACCGGUGAAUGAUUAUCAAUCAAUACAAUAUGAAUUUCCUGAUGAAAAUAUAAUGGCGUUGUUUAAUGAGAAAGAAUCUUUAGCAAAAAACGAAUGGGUCAUGAUGUUUGAUGGUGCUUCUAAUGCACUCAGACACGGGAUUGGUUCUAUAUUGAUUUCUCCAGAGAAGCAAUAUAUCCCGAUCACAGCUAGAUUAUCAUUUGAUUGUAUGAAUGAUGUAGCUGAAUAUGAACCAUGUGUUAUGGGGAUUCAAGCCGCUAUAGAGUCAAAGAUCAAAAUUCUUGAGGUCUAUGGUGACUCAGCCUUGGCCAUUCACCAACUGAAAGGUGAAUGGGAGACUCACGAUGCCAAAUUGAUCCCUUAUAAAGCCUAUAUCAGAGAGUUGGUGGAGUAUUUCAAAGAAAUUACUUUUCAGCAUAUUCCUCGUGAGGAGAAUCAAUUGGCUGAUGCUUUAGCCAUUUUAUCAUUAGUGUUUGUAGUGAGUAAAAAAAAAGACAUAUUGUUCAUAAAGAUGCAACAGCUUAAUCAUUCUACCUAUAGUCAAAUGUUUGAAGAAGAAUAUGAUGAAUCACGAAAGAUCAUAGAAGAGAUUCAUGAAAGUUCAUUUGGGACUCAUGCCAAUGGACAUGUCAUGGCAAACAAGAUUCUAAGGGCUGGAUAUUAUUGGUUGACAAUGGAGGCCGAUUGUUUUCGUUAUGUGAAGACAUACAUUGAUGUUAUUAGACCCAUUGAACCUAAAGCCUCUAAUGGUCACCGCUUCAUUCUAGUUGCUAUUGACUAUUUCACAAAAUGGGUUGAGGCUACUUCAUAUGCUAGUGUGACCCGAAAUGUGGUGGAGAGAUUCAUUAAAAAGGAUUUGAUCUGUCAGUAUGGCCUCCCAAGCAAGUUGAUAACAGACGAUGGCACUAAUUUGAACAACAAAAUAAUGAAAGAAUUGUGUGACAAUUUCAAGAUUCGACAUCAUAAUUCUUCCCCCUAUUGCCCAAAGAUGAAUGGAGCAAUUGAAGCAGCCAAUAAAAAUAUUAAGAAGAUCAUUCAAAAGAUGGUGGUGACAUACAGGGAUUGGCAUGAAAUGCUGCCAUUUGCCUUACAUUGA